ACUAAGCAUAUCAAGGUGUAGGCAAUUCUUUGCUCUAUCAUCUGGUAUAAUAGAUCGCAAAAAUUAUAGCUUGCGCCAAUUGGUCUGUUUUCCCAGAGCCUGUCACAAUAUUAUUAUUAUUACUAGACUACGUGGCUACUUUCGAUAUUAACCCAUCAAUAACACUGAACUGAGUUGCAAGCAUUACCAAUGAUGAGCUGUUUGCUGUGGAAGUCAGUCACUUUCCUGAGCCUGGUUUGGGCUGUUAGAGGACAAUCAAGUGGAGACCUGAGGCUGGUAGGCAGCUCAGGCCAAACAGGAGGCUCCUCUGGCAGACUGGAGGUCUAUUACAAUGGAGAAUGGGGGACCGUGUGUGAUGACAGCUUCGACUCAAGUGAUGCAGUGGUGGCUUGUCGUCAACUAGGGUUACCAACCUACACUCGAUACGGAAAAGUUGGAGAGUUAGGUUUCUCCCAAGCUUCAUCAUCCACUCCGACAUGGCUGGACGAGCUUCGUUGCUUAGGAACUGAGAGCAGACUCAUUACUUGCCCUGCUAACCCUAUUUGGGUUGAAGAUUGUGGCCAUAAUGAAGAUAUUGCCUUGAUCUGCACUGGAAUUAUUACUACAAGUCCUUCAGGUCCUUUAAAUGGAGAUCUGAGGCUGGUAGACAGCUCAAGCCUAACAGGAGGCUCCUCUAGAUCUGGCAGACUAGAGCUCUAUAACAGUGGACAAUGGGGAACAGUGUGUUUGGACAACUUCGACUCACGUGAGGCAAGAGUGGCUUGUCAUCAACUAGGGUUCUCAACCUACAGUCAAUACGGAUAUAUUGGAGAUUUACUAGGUUUCUCCCUCUCCCAAGCUUCAUUAUCCACUCCGAUAUGGCUGGACGAACUUCGUUGCGUAGGAACUGAGAGCAGACUCAUUGAUUGUCAUGCUGACUCUAUUAGAGAUGACAAUUGCUUCCAUGCUCUAGAUGUGGCCUUGAUCUGCGCUGGAAUUAGUACUAUAAGUCCUUCACGUGGAGACCUGAGGCUGGUAGGCAACUCAAGCCAAACAGGAGGCUCCUCUGGCAGACUGGAAGUCUAUUACAGUGGACAAUGGGGGACAGUGUGCCAUGACAAUUUCAGUCCAAAUGGUGCAAGAGUAGCUUGUCGUCAAUUAAGGUUCUCAACCUAUACUCAAUAUGGAACAGUUGGAACACUAGGUUUCUCCCAAGCUUCAUCAACUACUCCGACAUGGCUGGACAAUCUUCGUUGCUUAGGAACUGAGAGCAGACUCAUUGAUUGUCCUGCUAACUCUAUUGGAGUUGAAGAUUGCUCCCAUUUUGAAGAUGUGGCCUUGAUCUGCACUGGACUGAGUCCUUCAAGUGGAGACCUGAGGCUGGUAGGCAGCUCAGGCCUAACAGGAGGUUCCUCCGGCAGACUGGAGGUCGAUUACAGUGGACUAUGGGGAACAGUGUGUGACGACAGCUUCAGUCCGAAUGAUGCAAAAGUGGCUUGUCGUCAACUAGGGUUCUCAAACUACACUCGAUACGGAACAGUUGGAGCGCUAGGUUUCUCCCAACCUUUAUCAACCACUCGGACAUGGCUGGACGAGCUUCGCUGCUCAGGAACUGAGAGCAGACUCAUUACUUGCCCUGCUAACACUAUCGGAGUUGAAGAUUGCUCCCAUUCACAAGAUAUUGCCUUGAUCUGUACUGAAAAUAGUACUACAAGUCCUUCAAGGGGAGAUCUGAGGCUGGUAGGUUUCCCAAGCCUAACGGGAGGCUCCUCUGGCAGACUGGAAGUCUAUUACAGUGGACAAUGGGGGACAGUGUGUGACGACAGCUUCACUCCAAAUGAUGCCAGAGUGGCUUGUUAUCAACUAGGGUUCUCAACCUACACUCAAUACGGAACAGUUGGAGCGCUAGGUUUCUUCCAAGCGUCAUCUACUAUUCGGACAUGGUUGGACGAGCUUCGUUGCUCAGGAACUGAGAGCAGACUCAUUAAUUGCCCUGCUAACUCUAUCGGAGCUGAAGAUUGCACCCAUUCACAAGAUGUGGCCUUAAUCUGCACUCAAAGUAGUACUACAAGUCCCUCAGGUCCUUCAAGUGGAGACCUGAGGCUGGUAGGUUUCUCAAGCCUAACAGGAGGCUCCUCUGGCAGACUGGAAGUCUAUUACAGUGGACAAUGGGGGACAGUGUGUCAGGAAAAUUUCAGUCCAAAUAAUGCAAGAGUGGCUUGUCGUCAACUAGGGUACUCAACCUCCUCCACUCCACGAUACGGAACAGUUGGAAAGCUAGGUUUCUCCCAAGCAUCAUUAACCACUCGGACAUGGCUGGACGAGCUUCGUUGCUCAGGAACUGAGAGCAGACUCAUUAAUUGUCCUGCUAACCCUAUCGGAGUUGAAGAUUGCUCCCAUUCACAAGAUGUGGCCUUGAUCUGUACUGAAAUUAGUACUACAACAUUUACUUCUUACACAUCAUAUUCGGUGUCCAGCGUCUCUAUCGGUAUUGGAGUUACUAUUCCUAUCGUCAUCAUCAUAGUUGUGAUUUUUGUCGUGGUCUGUGUUUUAAUGAGUAGAAGGCGUCGUCUGGCUCGCAAGAUGUACAUGAGUCCCCUAGUCAAUAACGCUGUGUCAACAUCUGUAGUCGUCACUGGGUCAAAUACACAAACGGCUACAGCCUAUCCUAUGCAGCAAUCCAUGGACCAAAAACCCCAAUAUUCGAAUCAGGCACCCCCUCAAAAUAUGCAUGCACCUCAACCAGUGGCUCCCUACCCGACUGCACAAUAUGCUGCCCCCCAGUAUCACACGUCCUAUCCUCAGCAAUCCCCAGCCGCAUACACUCAGCAACCUCCAGCCCCUUAUCCUCGUGGAGAACAACAACAGUGCCCCACUGAACAACCUCCCCCUGCACUGUAUAUUUGUCUGACGGAGAAGCCCCUCCAGCAUAUUUGAACUAUAUUGAAGUUCAGACAAAUUGACGUAUUAAACUAAAAGUAGUGAAAUGUACGACUGAUAGUAAUAGCUAGAAAAUUAGUAUCAGAUUUUGCUGAAUACGUAGCAUAAUAAUUACUGUUCUCCCUCAUUUGUUAUAUUUUAGUGUGACUGUCGUUGUUUUAUCACAAAAACCUGUGAACAAUUUGGUAUUCAAA